GCAUUUCCCAAUUCCCAUUAGGAACGAGAGAAGGUCCUCUCUCUUCGACGUCCUCUGCGAGAUCAAGGAAGAGCCGGCGGCGGUCCGCGACUCGAGGCCGGAGUAUCCUCCUGUCGGUCUGAUUCCUCCCGAACACUUGCGGAUCGAGUUGGGCCGCGUUAGGGGAGGGAGAGAGAGGAUGAUCCUGCCGGUGGUGAAACUCGGGACGUUGGUUCUGAAGACGGUCUGCAAGCCCAUCGCCAGCAGGCUCAAGAAGGAGGCCGGCCUCCAUCCCAAGUUCCGCCGAUUGAUCGUUAACGUCGCUCAGGCCAACCACCGAAUCACAACGAACAUACAAAGAAGAAUUUAUGGUCAUUCAACCAAUGUUGAGAUCCGACCCUUGGAUGAGGAGAAAGCUGUUCAAGCUGCUUCAGACCUUAUUGGAGAGUUCUUUGUCUUUUCAGUUGCUGGAGUUGCUUUGAUAUUUGAGGUGCAAAGAAGUGCAAGAUCGGAAGCUAGAAAGGAGGAAAUCCGUAGGCAGGAAAUUGAGGCUAUGAAACAGAAAGAGGAGGAUCUGAUGAGAGACUUGGAACAACUCAAGCAGAAGCUUAAUGAGAUAGAACACCUUGCCAAGGGACGAGGCCUUUCAGGCAUCAUCAGCUUUAGGCAUGACCAUGCACCUGAAAGCAGCAAAUCGGGAAACCCUGCUUGAUUUUAUUUCCGGUCAUCUUUUGUGGGCAAAAGUCACUUGAGCGGAUUGUAGUUCCGGUGGCACUAAGGUGGCUGUCGAUGCUUGAUAUUUUAGAGGUUGGGCAGUUUGCCUAACCAUUUUGUUGUUCUUGAUGUAUCCAUUUUAUGUUACCGAUUGGAUUAUGAGAGGGUCAUGCUCUAUUUUCUCUCUCCUUUAGCAAAUCAUCUCUGAGCCAGUGUAAAGAGUCUGGAGCUUUAUUUCCUAACUGGGAUUGCAAAUAAAGGAUUUCUAUCAGAAAAUGCUGUUAGUGCUGAAAAUGAAGCACUAAACCAAAUAAAGUUAACUCUGAAUUUUUUGCAUGGA